UUUGUCUCGGGCACGGAAAGCUCCAGUUGCUGUGGUAUCCAGGGAGCCCUCCUCCUUCUGCGGGAGAUGCACGCUGGUCGUUGCUAAGGUCGCCUCCGCGGUAACAUGCACAUCCUGUUUACACCUUUAUCUGGAGAAGUUGGGCUCGGUUAGAGGCACCUGCUUCACCCGGGCAGCCCCCAGGGAAGGGGCCGUGCCGAGCAUCCCCCCGCUGGACCCUCGAGGGAGGGUGCUGCAGGAGCCACUGCGCCGGCAAGAUGACGAACAACGUGGCUGACCACCACCCCGGGAACUCGGUUGCCGAAGGCAACCAUGAGGGGGACUUUGGUUGCUCCAUGGUGGAGCUCAGGAACCUGAUGGAGCUGAGGAGCGCCGAGGCGGUCGCUCGGCUCAAUGACUCCUAUGGCGGCGUGCAGAAUGUCUGCAAGAGGUUGAAGACGUCGCCAGUUGAAGGCCUGUCCGGGAACCCGACCGACCUGGAGAAGAGGCGGCAGGUCUUCGGCCAGAACUUCAUUCCUCCCAAAAAGGCCAAGACGUUCCUGCAGUUAGUGUGGGAGGCACUCCAGGACGUCACACUGAUCAUCUUGGAAAUCGCAGCCAUAAUCUCCUUGGGCCUGUCCUUCUACCACCCUCCGGGUGGUGACAAUGAAUUGUGCGGCCAGUCAGCGGGCGGCGUGGAGGAUGAGGGCGAGUCGCAGGCCGGCUGGAUCGAGGGGGCGGCUAUCUUGUUUUCGGUGAUCAUCGUGGUGCUGGUGACCGCUUUUAAUGACUGGAGCAAGGAGAAGCAAUUCCGAGGCCUCCAGAGCCGCAUCGAGCAGGAGCAGAAGUUCACGGUCAUUCGCAAGGGGCAGGUGAUUCAGAUCCCGGUGGCCGAGAUCGUGGUGGGAGACAUCGCGCAGAUCAAGUACGGUGAUCUCUUGCCAGCAGACGGGAUCCUGAUCCAGGGCAAUGACCUGAAAAUAGAUGAGAGCUCGCUGACUGGGGAGUCAGACCAAGUCAAGAAAUCGUUGGAAAAAGACCCCAUGCUGCUGUCAGGUACCCACGUGAUGGAGGGCUCCGGCAGGAUGGUGGUGACUGCCGUGGGUAUCAACUCCCAGACAGGAAUCAUCUUCACUCUCUUGGGUGCGGGAGAAGGAGAUGAGGAAAAGAAAGUGAAGAAAGGUAAAAAAACCGGAGCCCCUGAAAAUCGCAACAAAGCUAAAACUCAGGAUGGUGUGGCCUUAGAGAUCCAGCCCCUGAAGAGCCAGGAAGGGGUGGAAAAUGAGGAGAAGGAGAAGAAGAAGGUGAAGGUGCCCAAGAAGGAGAAGUCUGUGCUGCAAGGGAAGCUCACGCGCCUGGCAGUUCAGAUCGGGAAGGCAGGGCUGAUCAUGUCGGCCAUCACGGUCAUCAUCUUGGUGCUGUACUUCGUGAUCGACACAUUUGGGGUGCAGGGGCGGCCAUGGCUGGCAGAGUGCACCCCCAUUUACAUCCAGUACUUCGUUAAGUUCUUCAUCAUCGGUGUCACUGUGUUGGUGGUGGCUGUGCCUGAAGGGCUCCCGCUGGCAGUCACCAUCUCCCUGGCUUACUCCGUGAAGAAAAUGAUGAAGGACAACAACCUCGUGAGACACUUGGAUGCGUGUGAGACCAUGGGCAACGCCACCGCCAUCUGUUCGGACAAGACGGGCACGCUCACCAUGAACCGCAUGACUGUGGUGCAGGCCUACGUGGGGGACACACACUACCGCCAGAUCCCCGACCCCGAAGCCAUCCUGCCCAAGAUCCUGGACCUCAUAGUCAACGGUGUUGCCAUCAACUCUGCCUACACAUCCAAGAUCUUGCCACCUGAGAAGGAAGGGGGGCUACCCCGGCAAGUGGGGAACAAGACCGAGUGCGCUCUGCUGGGUUUCGUGCUGGACCUGAAGCAGGAUUACCAGGCUGUGCGGAACGAGGUGCCGGAGGAGAAGCUUUACAAGGUCUACACCUUCAACUCAGUGCGCAAAUCCAUGAGCACGGUGCUGAAGAAUGGCAACGGUGGCUUCCGCAUGUACAGCAAGGGAGCCUCCGAGAUCAUCCUCCGCAAGUGCACCAGGAUCCUGGACAAGAACGGUGACCCCCGGGUGUUCAAGGUGAAGGACCGGGAUGAGAUGGUGAAGAAGGUGAUAGAGCCCAUGGCCUGCCACGGGCUGCGGACCAUCUGCCUGGCGUUCCGUGACUUCCCCGCCGACGCCGAGCCGGACUGGGACAGCGAGAACGAGAUCCUGUCUGACCUGACCUGCAUCGCUGUGGUUGGGAUAGAGGACCCUGUGCGGCCGGAGGUGCCAGACGCCAUCCUGAAGUGCCAGCGUGCGGGGAUCACCGUCCGCAUGGUGACAGGGGACAACAUCAACACUGCCCGCGCCAUCGCCACCAAGUGUGGCAUCCUGCUCCCCGGGGAGGACUUCUUGUGCCUGGAGGGGAAGGAGUUCAACCGGCUCAUCCGCAACGAGAAGGGAGAGGUAGAACAGGAGCAGCUGGAUAAGAUCUGGCCCAAGCUGCGUGUGCUGGCCCGCUCCUCCCCGACAGAUAAACACACGCUUGUGAAAGGAAUUAUCGACAGCACUGUUGGUGACCAGAGGCAGGUGGUGGCCGUGACUGGGGACGGGACCAAUGAUGGCCCAGCUUUGAAGAAAGCUGACGUCGGGUUUGCCAUGGGCAUUGCAGGCACGGACGUGGCGAAGGAGGCUUCGGACAUCAUCCUGACGGAUGACAACUUCACCAGCAUCGUCAAGGCAGUGAUGUGGGGACGCAACGUCUAUGACAGCAUCUCCAAGUUCCUGCAGUUCCAGCUGACUGUUAACAUCGUGGCCGUCAUCGUGGCCUUCACGGGCGCCUGCAUCACGCAGGACUCUCCCUUGAAGGCUGUCCAGAUGCUGUGGGUGAACCUGAUCAUGGACACCUUCGCCUCCUUAGCCCUGGCCACAGAGCCCCCAUCCGAGUCCCUGCUGCUGCGCAAGCCCUACGGCCGCAACAAGCCGCUCAUCUCCCGCACCAUGAUGAAGAACAUCCUGGGGCACGCGGUGUACCAGCUGACUAUCAUUUUCACGUUGCUUUUCGCGGGGGAGAAGUUUUUCGACAUUGACAGCGGCCGGAAUGCCCCGCUCCACUCCCCACCCACCGAGCACUACACCAUCGUCUUCAACACCUUUGUCAUGAUGCAGUUGUUCAACGAGAUCAACGCACGCAAGAUCCACGGGGAGAGGAAUGUCUUCGAGUCCAUCUACCGCAACCCAAUCUUCUGCACGGUGGUGCUGGGGACGUUUGCAGCUCAGAUCAUCAUUGUGGAGUUUGGUGGGAAGCCAUUCAGCUGCUCUGGGCUCACCCUGAGCCAGUGGUUCUGGUGUAUUUUUAUCGGAGUAGGAGAGCUCCUCUGGGGCCAGCUGAUCUGCACUGUCCCAACCAGCCACCUGAAAUUCCUGAAGGAAGCUGGGCACGGCAUCACCAAGGAGGAGAUCCCAGAGGAGGAGCUGCCUGAAGAUGUGGAUGAGAUUGACCACGCUGAAAUGGAGCUGCGGCGCGGGCAGAUCCUGUGGUUCAGGGGUCUCAACAGGAUACAGACGCAGAUGGACGUAGUUUACACAUUCCAGACCGGCGCCUCCUCUUUGCAGGGAGCCCUCAGGAGACAGCCUUCCAUCGUGAGCCAGCACCACGAUAUCAAAGUGGUGAAUGCGUUCCGUAGCUCCUUGUAUGAAGGCCUCGAGAAACCCGAAUCCAGAAGCUCCAUCCAUAACUUCAUGACUCACCCAGAGUUCAUCCUGGAGGAAGACGAGCCUCGAACACCAUUCCUUGACGGCGCUGAAGACGACCCCGAGACUGAUGGACUCAAAAAGCGAGGUGGGGGUAGCCUGGGUGGACCGACAUCCCUCAACAGAAAUAACAAUGCAGUGGACAGCGAUCAAGCUGAGGUCACCGUCCCGGAGCCUGAAAGCCCCUUACACAGCUUGGAGACAUCGGUUUGACCUUAGAACUUCGAACCCCCCCUCCUCCUCCACCUUCGCCCCUCGCCAUGUGUGAUAUUGGCACCAGUAACUGAUCACACACUGCGGUCACUUCGUGUCAAACUGCUCAUACGUAUAUCGUUUUGGUGUUUUGUUUGGGUUUUUUUUUUUGUUUUGUUUCUGUUGUUGGUUUGUUUGUUGUUUUUUUUGUUUUUGUUUUUUUUUACCAUUAUUUAGCAGUGGGAACCAGAGUACCACAAUGCUGGGUGUUGGGAGAGAGGCUCAGCCAGAAUUGUGCAUCUCCAUCCCUAAUUUUCAGUGGUACUCACCCAAGUGAAGCAGCCAGGUUAUUUCCUCUCCGAGAGUUGGGCUCCAUACGUCUGUUGGGGGUUUUCACUUUGAAAAAUGCAUGUUCAAAGAAAGUUCAAAUUGUUGUAGUCUUACAUGCACGCUCUCAGCCUGAGGGCUGGGGUGCACUUGUGACUUUUUUUUUUUUUUCCACUUGUGGUUUUUAGGGUUUUCUUCUAAUGUUGGGGUUUGUUCUUUGCUUGUGGGAUUUACCCCCGCUAACUUCACAGUGGGAAGUGGGGGAGUUAGCACUCUAGUGCAAAAAAAUUUUAAAAUAAAUAAAAAAAACCACAAACCAACAGCCAGGGGGAAGGUGUUUACUCACAGGUUGAUAGAUACAGGGAUGUACACCAGUCUUCCACCUUGAAAAAUGGUACCUAGCCUUUACAGUUCCUCCUCUGUGUGUGUGCACACACACUUUUCUCUCUCUGUUUCCAAAGCAGUAACUGGUAGACAAGGAAUGAAGGUGACUUGGCUUGUAACCUUGCUGGAUGUAAAAGAUUCUGAAUUUUCUACAGAGCAAGGUGGAGGUGAUCUGGCAGUGGAAAGGUGGGGAAGAAAAACCCCAUGGUUGUGAGAAACAGGGCUUCUUCCUGGGGAGUCUUAAGAAAUGCAUCUCUGCUGCUUUUGAACAGCUGUGAAACUUCUGGCAAAGGUUUAACAGCUCCUUCCAUCAAGAGCAGAGGGACUUUUGCCUGUUCUAGCUUGUCUGGACUGUUGGGUUAAAUAAUCCUUCAGCCUUAAGAGUACAAGCUCUGGUUAACUGCUGAGGAACCCCAGAGGAUGCUCCAGCCAUGCCCCCCAGCUCUGCACAUCGCUGCCAAAGUGUUAGCAGGCUGAACGGAGAGCAAGCGUUGGGUUGUUGAGUGCAGUGGGUCACCUCCUAGAUCAUGGAAGGGAUGAGUCGGGUUGUCUCUUUAGCCUGGUGGAAGGGAGAGAGGCUCCAUGGCCGAAGGGAGGACCCUUGGUUUCCAUAGGAAUUCUGUAGCCGAUUUGCCAGUGGAGACAAUUCCUCGCAGAGGUGGCAGGUUGGUUGGUUGGCUGCAGGUUUUCCAGAGAAGGUGCCACGUGGAGGCUUUACCUCACUUGCUGCUGUUUUGAAGGUCAUCUCUUCACCCUGUGUCCUGCCUCACCUCGGUUUCUUGUAACUAUUAGAGUCUUGUUUUUUUUGGAGCAGAGGCCCCAGGUGUCCUGGGCAAGUUGGUUCUGACCUGACCCUCUUGGUGAAGCCAUGGGACUGAGCAGGAGGCAGGACUUUGCUUUACCUGGGCUUAGUUUCCUCCUUGCAGGCUCUUGCUGGUGCACCCCAGAUUACUGGCCCCAGGCAGGCAGGGCCGGAGGAAGCUCUGCUGCCUUCUCUCCUUCAUCCUGUUCGGCUUGGUUGGAAGCAGAGAGAUCCUGGUUGUAACUGGCUGUACAACGUCAUCGUCUUUGCCCAGCCUCCAUCCCUGGAAGCAGAGAGGUUUUAGCGAGAGAGUGGGCUGGCUGGUUUCUUCUUUUUUUUUUUUUUUUUUUUUUUUUUUUUUUUUUUUUUUUUUUUUUUUCUUUUCCUUUAAGAACGCACAGCAGAAUCUCCCGUGCCUUCUCUGAGCACUGCCUGCAGCACCGCCUGCCACGCGAGGGCCCAGUACUUUUGCCAAGAAAUAAGUGUUCCUUAAACAACAACACAAACCAAGUGUCUUUGUUUUGUUUCCAGCCCAGCACUGACUCGUCCCUUCCUUGGCCUGGGAGGAGGGAAGGACGAGGUCGCCCCAUUCCUGCCCCAAGUAGCUGAGGAAAGGUCCUUCUCCCAGGUCUCCUGCCUCGGUGCUGGCAAAGGGGGUGAAGGCUGGGCUCCGUACACUGCCAACAGCAAGAAGAAAUUGCCACCACUGCCCAUCUCAAUUGCAAAUUCAGUGUCGAUCCCCCUGCCCACACAAACCCAUCGCUGCCCUCCCCGUUCCUUCUUCGCACGAGCUGAAAAAAAAAAAUACCUUGGGCAGGACCAGGGGGUGGGGGGGUGUGCGUUUUCUUAGGUUAUAUACACAAGUGGUGACAGGAAAGACAAAAGGGGUGGUUGUGGGGUUUGGUUCUGUACUAAAGGUGAAUUGCUUAAAAGAUCACUUUUUCUAUUUUAAAUACUUGCAAAAAAA